AUGGCAGAAAGACUCAGUCAUUCAACUCCGAUCAUCGUGGUUGGGGCAGGUGUGUUCGGGUUGUCCACGGCAUGGUGGCUCGCUCGUGCGGGUUACAACAACGUACGCGUGCUUGACCGAUGGCAAGUCCCCUCGCUGUCAUCUGCGGGCUACGAUCGCAACAAGAUUAUUCGAACUGAAUACGUCGAUGGCCAUUUCUCAGUGUUGUCGCAAGAAGCCAUCCAGUUCUGGCGAGAGCCGCUUUGGAGAGACGUCUUUCAUCCUACCGGCUGGCUAUAUGGCACCGACGGCUCUUUGGACGAAGACAGAGCAAAGACUUUCGACACAGCCGUCGCCAAUACGCGCGAAUUAGGCGAUGCUUCUCAGAUCGUCGAUCUACCAGACUGGGAGCACAUGUUCAAGUUGUACCCAGCUAUGGGCCAUGGCCACAACCAACGCCAACGGCAGCAAGGUAAGUACGAGGCUACCGAGGCCAAUGAGCCAAGCAAUGCCGCGAGGUUCCGAGGCAUUUACAACAGCAACGCCGGCUGGGUUAAGUCAGCCGAUGCAAUGCUGGUCUUGAAGCGUGAAUGCGAGAGACUUGGAGUCGAUUUCAUUGCAGGCGACUCAGGGACCGUGAUCAGCUUCGUACGGGACCCCGAUAACACAAAGAUUGUCACCGGUGUGCGCACAGCGAACGGCACCAUCUGGCACGCCAAGAAAGUCAUCGUCUCGGUGGGGGCCUAUGCAGAAACAUUGCUCGACUUCAAAGGUCAACUACACGCAGUGGGAUACCCCGUAACGCAUAUACGCAUGACCGAGGAGCAGUAUCAGCGGUACAAGAGCCUACCUGUAGUCGCCAUCACGCGCCGAGGAUAUUUUUUCCCGCCGAACGAGGACCGCAUCUUCAAGAUCUGCAACAUGGACAUUACCAUGGUCAACUAUGAGCGCUGGGCUGAGCCUGAUUGCAAGUGGGGUGCGAGAAGCCUACCGCGCGACCAGGCGUACCACCCCAACGACACACAGCCGCGAGUCGCCUUGAAGAAGACACUGGAAUUUGCACAGUACAUAUUGCCCGAGUUUGGCGACGGUGACGUAGAGAGCAGUAAGUUGUGCUGGGACGUGGAAACGCACGACGAUCACUGGAUCAUAGAUUAUCAUGAGUCAGCACCGGACUCGCUGUUCAUUGCCACGGGUGGCAGUGGCUAUUCGUUCAAGAACCUCACCAAUGUUGGCAAAUAUGUUGUGCAGGCACUGGAAGGAGCACUGGAUGACAGGUGGAAGGAUUAUUGGAGGUGGCGACCGGAUCGUGUGGGUCAAUUUCCGGAAAGGGAGCAGAGGAAUGCGCGGUUCAAGCACGACUUGCGAAAUUGUGAGGGAUGGAAACACAACGUUACAAGGCUGUGA